CAGUCAACUGAAGGGAAAAAGAAAAACCACAUCUCCUGACUAGUCAUGCUUCCAAUGUUGGACACCUCCGGUGCAUGAGGACACUCGCCACAUUUGUUGAGUGCACGGUCACGCGAGGAAGCUGCUCAGGGAGGCGCGCCCACCCGGACGACCACUGUUCGUUCGCCGCUUCAGCCUCGCCUCGGGGAGACUUGAUGCGAGGAGCAGAAUACAAGAUCAUUCAUAGGAUCGAGUGGCUUAAGAGGUGAACGGGUGGACGGAAUCAGGAGGAGAAUGUAAAUGAAAUAAUGUCAUCUCGGGUGACUGCUUGCUCAGGAUUGUGGAGGCUUUACGUAACGGAGCUUUGUUGGAGGGCUCGCUGGUUCCGAGUGCUUUAAUCACAGCCUGGAAUCGCAGGUGGCAGAAAGACACAAAAGACAAAGUUUUGUCCACCCCCAGCAUGAUCACUACCUACGCUACCAUCCUCCAUUACAAGUGAGUACAUCAGGAUGACCGAGGGCCAAGGACCUGGAGGAGGAGUUGCUGCAAUCGAGGCUGAUGUCAUCCACCACACUGCCAGCCUGGUGGCAAGCACUGACAAGGCCAGGGAGUUAUGUCCAGGCAUUGUCCAAAGGUCCUUCGGGGAUGACCCAGAAUUCAGUGUCCCUAUAGUGUUUGAAAAGGAAUACCUGCUGGAUGGAAGACUGAUAACUGAAAACAACCAUAACGAUUGUCAAAAAGGUAACGGGUCAUACAUGGCAAGUGCAAGUGACUUUCGUUUCUCCAAAGAAAAGAACGCGGUGGACGUUCCAUCGAAUGCCGACUCUAGUGUGUCCCACUGUGCGAGCGGUCAAAUCCCCAAUGGCGCAAGAGCGAAAGAGUUUGCCGAUACCAAACCAUCAUCUGAUCAAUCAGACCUAUCACGCAAACUCGAGGGCAGCUCAGUUGCGAUCAAUCAGUUGUCUGGUAAAACCGAGCCCGAUUUACUCAUCGAAGUUGGCGGUCAGACGAUCAACGCUCACAAGUCGGUCCUGGCAGAAAAGAGCGACUACUUCAAAGCUCGGCUCUCACGAAACAUCCUCAAAGUGAAAGGCAUGAGCUAUAAGACUUUUUCUACUCUAAUCGACUAUGUUUACACUUCCCAGAUGAACGUUUCGAAAGAAAAUGUCGUCGAAGUCAUCACGGGGGCUAAAAUCCUCCAGAUUCCUUGCGCCGUCCAGGCGGCAAUGGACCGCAUGACAGAACAAAUCACGGCGGGAAACUGCUAUGAGAUUCUGAGCAUCGCUAAAAAGCAGCGACUUAGCGAACUGAAGGAGACCGCCUACGGGUUCAUGAGCGACAACUUCCUGCAGAUCCUCAAGGACCCCGCCGUAUAUGGCCGUCUGACCGGGUCCGAGCGCGAUCUUAUCCUGAAGAAAAGAACGGACGGGAGGAAGACUCUCAUGGCUGCCGAGAUAAACGACGUUUUUGAACGUGUCGGGAGCCGACCGCCGAGCCGUUGCGGAAGCCGUCCACAGAGCCCCUCGUCCGUGGGGUCGCUGGAGGAGAGUCACACCAUCUACUGCUUCAACGAAGUGGCCAACGACUGGAGAGCUUUGACAACCAUGCCCGAGGACGUCAACACUAAAGGCUGUGGAAUCUGCACGAUGUAUAACUACCUGUUUGUGGCAGGUGGAAUAAAAGGGGACAAGGGGAGGGCAUCAGACAAGGUCUUCUGCUACAACCCCAAAACAAACCUCUGGUCAGAGAUCCGACCCAUGACGCAGGCCCGUGCCCAACUGAAGCUCGUGUCCAUGGAUGGGCACCUGUAUGCUAUCGGAGGUGAGUGUCUGUUUACCGUCGAAAAAUAUGACCCUCGUAUGGCCCGCUGGACCGCCGUGGCCCCUUUGCCCAAGGGCGCCUUCGCGGUAGCUCACGAGGCCACCACCUGCAACGGGGAGCUUUACGUCUCCGGGGGCUCGCUCUUCUAUCGCCUCCUCAAGUAUGACACAAAGAGAGACGAGUGGCAAGAAUGCCCGUACAACAACAGCAGGAAGAAGUCGACGGAUAUGGUGGCGCUGAAGAGCUUCAUUUACCGCUUCGACGUGACCCGCGAGCAAGGGAUCAACGUGUUCAAGUACAACAGCAUUGUGAAAAUGUGGCACGAUUGCGCGUCGCAGAGGCUCGGCAGCUCCUUGCCGUUUCGGUGCGCCGUCGUAGGGAACUGCAUCUACUGUGUGAACAAAAGCCAGACUCUUCAAUUCGUGGUGGAGGAGGAGAACGCCUACUUUGUAGAGGAGCCGCUGAGGGCGCCUCUCGAAGCCAAAGGCGUUCUUUUUCCUUUUGUGCUCACUUUGCCUGAAAAGCCUGAGAAAGUUCCUCCCGGGUGCGAACCAGAGUCACAGAACUAGAACUCAGACCACCGCAUUUGCUGUGUUUAGUGUGUCCGCUGUCUCUACCAGUGUGUCAUUGCCUGCUUGCAAAAGAAUGUAUGUAUUGCAUGGCAACUUCAUGUUUCUACAGAGGCAAGCCUUAAAAAGGGAACUUUCAGUAUUGAGUGAAUGCAAACAAUAUUAGUCUGAUGGAUGUGACGGUAGAUUAGUAUUACUGGCUGGUGGUAUUUGGUGCACUUUUGUUGUUGGGUCAGAUAUUAUUUACACCGUGUGGACUUAUUGACAUUUUGUUGCAAAAUGAAUGAAUGAUGCGAUGUGGCUUCUAUGCAAAUGGAACUGCUGUAGGGCUUCAUUAAUGAUGACUGGAAUGUCAUUGAAAGGAUGCAGAGCAGUAUUUUACACGACCAGAAAGGUCACAAAUGUCUUUCAAUACCAUUUUCAUUCGAUUUAUAUGGAAGUGAGCUAGAGGCAAUAUCAAUUGACUGAAAGACAGCCUGGACUUGUCCACCAGCCAAUCGCAGAGGUCAAUAUUGGCAAAGCACACAGACAUGAUAGUUAAAAUGUAACCUUAGAUGCCCAUUCAAAUGUACAUUCAAUUAUUUUAAGAUCAUAGGUUCUAAGUUUCAAAUGUUGGAGCUCAUUUUCAUAACAAAAAACAACAUCCAGCAAACAUUUUUGGACAUUUUUGCCAUCAUAAGCUGGAUAAGGUUGAGAGGUGGGGGUACAUCGGGGUCAAUCGGUACACACAGUGCUGUUGCGAAUAAUGCAAAUCUGUGAAUAAUUGCUGCAUGCACGCAAUUAUGAAACCAUGUUACAUAAUAGUAUUCACAGUAGCAACAGCUUAAUUAUUCAACACAAACAAACCUCCCUCACAGGAUCAUCAAUGGCCUAAAUAACACGCUCGCAAACUGAUGUGACAUCACGUAAGACUCCAGACAGCAAGGUCGGAGUUGAGAUCCUAAAACAGAACCCCACAACUGUGAAUCAGAGAUGUGAAUCACCACCAUGCUGCCACAAAAGCACAAGAAUCAGCUUUUUUUUUUAAAUAAAUAUUUUUCAUAUUGCAUCAAAAAGUAUGUUCCAGCACUUAUACAUAUUUGCCAAAGAUAUUGAAUCAUCUCUUAAAUUGUGACAAACGAUUGCCCAUUUGGGGUGUGUGACGCUCAUUGAAAGUAUUUUCUCUCUCUUUUCUCUUUUCCAUGUUGGCUGCUAACAACCUCUUUCAGGGAUGUUUAACAAAGCUAGAAAGUCAGUGCAAGAAAACAACCACAUCUGCAAUAUUUCAAGGUCAAAUCUGAUGCCACAUUGCUUCCGUCUGUUGACUGCCAAUCCGCACUAAGAGCCGCUGGUCUGUAAGGCUCUCGUACUGUAUUCUAAAUGCAUAACAUAAAUAAUUUUAUUUGAGAAAUGUCUUGAAAAGUAUGUGUUUGCUGCUACAAAAGCACAGUGUGAGUUUAGUAUGGAAGCUUAUAUAUUUCUGACAGCAACAAAAAUCUGAUAACGUGUAUAGUGUUUCAAUGCAGUCGGUGUAUCUUGGACAAACUGGAUGUGGUUUUACUGCGUUAGCUGGCAGGCUUUUUUACUUUUGUGGGUUUUCCUUCCUCGGUAUGAAAAUGAUUGAUUUGCAUUUGCUCCUGUAGUGACAGCUCAGUGCUGUAAUGCCAGGUGAAACAUUCCCAGUGUAAAAAGCUUUGGAAUGGAAUUAGGUGGUGGAUAGUAUUUAUCAAUCAAAACAAAGUACUUCAAAUAAAAUGGAUGUCUGAAAAUG